AUGAAGUCGUUCCUCUCGUCGCUCGCCGUCGCCGCCGCCGCCGCGUCUGCUGUCGCCGCGGCACUGACCACCGACGCGCCGCUGUCGCUGCGCGACGCGGGCGAGCAGCCGACGUGGGAGGCGUUCGUGCGCUACGCGCUCGAGCACGAGAAGGCCUACCGCUUCCGCGCCAACGACGACGACGUGGUCCAGCGCCGCUUCCGCGCGUUCGCGACCAACUGCGCGCGCAUCGCGCGGCACAACGACGCGUUCGAGCGCGGCGACGUGAGCUUCACGCUCGGCCUGAACGCCCUCGCAGACCUCUCGGACCGCGAGUACCGUCACCGGCUGCAGUACCGCCACCGGGUCGGAGCCGCGCGCACGUUGCCGGCAGUCGAGACCGUUGUCGCGCCGGCUGACAGCGGCGACGUGCCCGAGACGUGGGACUGGCGCGCGCACAACGUCGUGACGCCCGUGAAGAACCAGGGCCCGUGCGGCUCGUGCUGGGCCUUCUCGGCUGUUGCCGCUAUGGAGGCCGCCUAUGCCCUGAGCACGGGCACGCUCGAGUCGUUUUCCGAGCAAGAGCUCGUGGACUGUACGCUAGAGGGCAGUGACAAUUGCAGUCACGGAGGCGAGAUGAGUGACGGGUACCAAGAGAUUAUCGACCACCACGGGGGCAAAAUUGACCGCGAGAUGGACUACGAGUACACGGCCGAGUCGAAAGGCGUGUGCAACGCCAAGGACGACCGGGCCGUGGGUCACUUUACAGCUUACGCCAACGUGACGUCGGGCGAUGAAGCGGCACUGCAGGCUGCCGUGGCGACCAAAGGGGUCCAGGCCGUGGCGAUUGACGCGAGUAGCUUUACGUUUCAGCUGUACCGCCACGGUGUCUACAGCUGGCCGCUGUGUGGCAAUGCUCCCGAGGCACUGGACCACGGCGUGGCCGCUGUUGGCUACGGUGUGUUCAACAAGAAACACUAUUGGCUCGUCAAGAAUUCGUGGGGCGACUCGUGGGGCAUGAAGGGCUACAUCAUGAUGAGUCGCAACAAAAACAACCAGUGUGGGAUCGCCACGGACGCGUCGUAUCCUAUUAUGACAAAGGACGCAGAUGUCACUGGCAGCGGGAAACACGCCGAGGUUCAGGAGUUGAGUGAAGUCGUCAGCAUCAUGUGA